AUGCAUUCCCUUCCUCCAGCUAAGAAGCGCAAGAUCGGCAGUGGAAAUGAAGGGUCGGAUUCACGCAGUAUUGAAGGUAUCCAACAACUCGAAAGACAACUCACGGACGCCAUAAACGCGAAUGGGUCACUCAAUCCUCUGGACGACCUGCUCAAUGUCAUCCUCAGAGCGUCGGAUCCACGGGUCGUUUCGAAGGCUCUGUAUGCAAACUACAGAGUGUUUGUGCUCAUUAUUGACAAAGGAGAACUCAAGACCCAGGGCGACGAGGCCGCAAAACUCGUCCGGACUUGGAUCUGGGAGAAACUGAAUGGGUAUGUCGACUUUCUAACCGGACUAUUGAAAGAUGAGGAGAAGACUCUGAGGAUUUCGUCCUUGCAGAUCCUCUUUUCCCUUCUCCGACACCUUUCGACGUCGCUCACUCUGGCCGUGAAAGAGAGCAGUUCAAAUCCCCAGCCGCAGUUCCAUGUUUCCCACUACAAGAAGAUUGUUCGCUCUCUCCUGUUUUGUCCUCCUUCAAGGCGGAACAACAGCCACAAAGUCGGUACGGAGGACAGGCUGCUGGAUCCGGACGUGCGAGAUCAAUUCUUGGAGACUUGGCUGAGCGUCCACGAUGAUAUUCGGUGGUUCUUCCUGCGUGAAGCAACCUCCUUAGUAGCGAACCUAAGUUCAGGAGAAAGACCGUUCGUGAUAGAGAACCUAGUCUCGCUCCUGGAGAGACUCAGGAGUUUCCCUACUGACACGUCGGAGCUCAACUCAUGGUGGGUUGAGGAACUCGGGACGAAGCCUCCCAAGCAUAAGCACGACAACUCUGACGAACCUGAAGAAGCUGCAGUAGACGGCGAAGAGGAGGAUGAUUGGCGAAAGUUCUUCGAAGAAGAAACCGAUCCGAAAGCGACAUCCUCCACCGGACCCAAGAAGCAAAAUGCGCGUCUGCACACGUUGACGAUACACCAGUCCUUGCACUCCCUCCCUGCGCAUCGUGCGGUUUUCACCCGUGCUUGGUUGGUUCUCCUACAGCAGCUUUCUUCGUUAUCUGGAGAGACGCAGAGGAAGCUAUCACUCCGUGUAUUAAACAUUAUGCACCAGGGUGUGCUGCCUCAUCUCACCCGACCAGUGCUGGUUAUGGACUGGGUAGCGGCUUGCGUUGAUUACGGUGGUGCAGUUGGCUUACUCGGCUUGAAUACGCUGUUCAUUCUUAUGCGGGAAUACAACCUUGAUUAUCCAUCUUUCUACACCCGCCUGUACGCCUUCCUAGAUCGGGACAUCCUCCAUCUGAAGCACCGCGCACGGUUCUUCCGUAUGACAGAACUGUUCCUGAGUUCUACCCACCUGCCCGCAACAUUACUCGCAUCCUUCCUCAAAAAGCUCUCGCGGCUAUCCCUCAAUGCACCUCCAGCUGCGAUCAUCAUGCUCGUGCCAUUCACCUACAACAUCCUCAAGCGUCACCCUACACUCAUGGGCAUGAUCCAUCGGGUUGCGGAUGCUGACGAACCUAUAGACCCGUUUAUUUUGGAGGAGCCAAAUCCAAACCUGACAAAUGCGCUGGAUUCUUCGCUCUGGGAACUCUACUCUCAUCGAACACACUACCACCCAGCUGUGUCCACCUUAGUUCGGAUAUUCGAGGAGGCCUUCACAAAACCUGGGUAUGCCCUGGAAGACUUCCUCGACCACACAUACGCUACUUUGCUAGACAAUGAGACGAAGCCGAGGAUCAGGAAAGAUCCAGCGACUGAUGUCGACAAAACGGAGUUGUUCCCGAGUAAAAACGAGUUGACAGAGGCGGCGCCAGAUACCGACGUCGUUGCGGAAUUAUGGACGUUUAGCUAG